AUGGAGAGGCUGAGAGCCCUUCGAGGUCUCUUUGCUUGUGUGGGCUGCGUGCCCAGGCGUACGCGUCGCAGGGAGAGAAGCAGGGUGUCAAGCCCUGUCCCUACCUGCGCCGCGACCUUACUGCUUCAGCGCCUGCAAGAUCAGGAGGGCGACCGAGCGCAGGCGUACUGUGAGCUGGAGAGCGCCCUGUGCCAAGACAGCAGCCGCCCGCCGUGCGGAGUGGUGAACCGGCUGCUGGCAGAGGUGUCCCGGGACCUGACGGCAGCCCAGGGCGUGACCAGCAAUGUCAAGACAGCUGCCAGCAAUGUCCUGGUGGCUCUGGCUCGGACGCACUUCACCUUGGUGAUGGCUGAGCUCCAGAGCCACCUGAAGGCCGCGGGGGACAUGUCCAAGGAGUUUGUGCUCAACACCCUGAGCAAACUCUUCAGCACCUAUGCUCCACAGUGCAUCCCCUUUGUGUGGCUGAUGCUGGCAGGCCUGCGCAGUGUGGUGGGCCAGGUGAAGAGUGGCCAGAUCCUGCGCAUCGCUUGUGCUGUUUUGAAACAGUGGCUGGAUGGAGUCAAGACUUACUUGUCCUCAGGAAUGCAAUGCCCCUGGCCUGCCAUGGAGAAAGAGCAGAUCUGUGAAAACCUUCACGAGCUGCUCUUCUCUGUGGUGUGGAACUGGCAAGACUGCCAGGAGGAACAGGACAAACAGGCCGUCCUUGGGGCUGUGGCUGCCAUGUUGGAGGUUCUCCUGCAAGAGGAGCGGCACCAAGAGCAGGUCUGGGAGCAGCUCCUCUGGCUCGUUCACCCGUGUCAGGAGAUCCAAGACAUUUGCAGGGUGGCCAAGAGCCUCACUAUCUUCCUGGAGGCCUUAGGGGGCAUUGAGUCUGUAAUCCCAGGGGACAAGUUUCUGGACGUCACCAGUGCCGUGUUUUACCAGCUCUAUGACGACAGCAAGCAGCACAGCGAGGCUGGUCGUGCACAGCUGACCCACUGCAUCAUGCUGCAGGCCCGGAUCUGCCCAGAGGAAACCAUCCUGUUUCUGCAGUCGCAGCUGGGCGAUGACUGGGAGCCUGGAUGCGUGGCAGCCCUGGGUCUGCUGGGUGCUCUGGCUCGCUCUGAUGAGCCCGUGAUGACGGAGAUGCUGCCCCAGGUCGUCGAGGCUGUGCAGCGUCUGUGCAGCGACCCCAGCAUCCGGGUGAGGACGGCUAUUCUGUAUUUCAUCAAGGAUCUGCUCAGUUCGAACACCCGGAUCUGCUCAGCCUGGGAUGUGGUGGGGCACAUCUUCAGGGAGUUCAGCCGCGCCACAGGAAGAAGGACAGCCGGAGACCUUUCUGCCCGGGAAGCCCAGGAAGAAGGAGCUCUCCAGGAGCUGUGCAUGGACAUCCUGGGAUCACUGGACGUCUCUGUGAGAGGGAUGUCCAAACUCCUGUGGCCGCGGCUGCUGUUGUUUGUGGUGCCAGCGCAGUACACAGGCAUGCUGAUCCCAGUCUCCCGCUGUGUCUGUGCCCUGGCUGAGAGAGAGGAGCUGACAGGACGGCCGAUAGAACAUCUGGAUCCCCAUUUUGUCAGCUCCAUGUUUCAAGGCCCACUGCUGACGCCCCAGACACUGCUGGCACGACUGCUGGUGGUGGCAGGCAGCCCUGUUGCAGGCAGCAAACUCCAAGCUGCUGCCUUACUGCUGAUGAAAAACCUCCACAGCAGGUUCCACAGGGCUGUGGGGGCCAUGUGGGCUACUGAGAUCCCCCUGCUGCUGCAGUGUCUUGAAGGGAAAGAUGAGAGCUUCCCGGACACUGCCGAGUUUGAGCGCCGUCUGCUAAAGUUCCUGAAGGCGUCGCUGGACACAAUAGAGGAGAAGGCAUGGAUCGAGGCCCUGAGCUGUGAGCUGAGCCAGCGGCUGAGCAGCUCUGCCAGCAGCUCUGCAGAAAAGUCAUUCCUGUACAAGGCUCUGGGCACGGUGCUGGGAUCCUGUCAGGGAGUCCUCCACGUGCAGGAGAAGCUGCUACAGCACCUGGAGGAGGCAAAUGCAGAGGAGCCACGUGAGGCCCAGGGAAUCAUCUCUCUUCUCAGCCAUGCUGCUGAGAACAACUUCCACACAGUCCUGGCCACGCUCACCAUGUUUGCGUCCAGGCUGUGCAAAGGCCGCAAUGCCAGGAUUUCCAGGCGCAAGAAGAUGGAGCUGGACAGCACGAGAGCUCAUGCCACACGCAGCGCUCUCAUGCUCGCCCACGGCAGCGUGGCACUGCGUGCCUCCAAGGAACAGCUGCUCGCCCACCUGGAGGGAGACAUUGUGGGCAACGUCCUGAUGCUCUACAGCUGCAGCUGCCGGGACUUGCAGAACAACCUCGCGCUGGUGCAGAGCAUCACCGACUGCAGCUCUGCCUACCAAGCUGUGGGUGAUUCUGCAAGCUUUAACCCCUCCUUGAAGAGCAAGCUGCUGGAGAUCCUGAUGGACCUGAUGAAGAAGUAUUACUCGGGCAUGCCUGUCUCCCCAGUGCCUCUCAAGGUGGUUCUGGCCCUGGAGCAGUUGAGCAAGCUGAAGCCCUCUUCUGAAAGCAAGGACCUGCGUGAGAUGUUGGUCCUGUGCUGCAAGAACAUCGUGACACACCCUUCAGCAGAGAUGAUGCUGAAGAUCAGGAAGUCACAGCAAGCAGCACAGUACCUGCAGCUUCAGCAAACAUCACUGAGAGCUCUGGGCCGGCUCAUGGUGGUCCUGCUGGAGACAGAGCCCAGCGGUGGCUUCUUCCAGAACAUAGUCCAUAAAUCCAUGGUAUCGAGCAACGUGUGGGAGCGCAAGAGGGCCCUGCAGACCUGCUCCCAGCUGCUGGCUGUUUGUGAAGAGCUUCAAAGAAGAGAUGCCUGUGAGCACUUUGGCUCCUUGGUGGGAUUGCUGGCGCCUCUGACUUGUGACCCCAUGCCCGCAUCCCGCCAGCUGGCUGUCACCUGUCUGAGCUCCCUUCUGCGAAUCCAAGCCAAAGCGACCAACACAGACAUCGAGACGGGUGACAUCGGGGGCCUGUGCGAGGGGCUGCAUGCCUGCAGCAUCGCCUCUCAGCUUCAGACCACAUCCAAAAUGGCCAUGAUCGUGUGCAGGAACUUCCCCUUAGAACGCACCGUUGACUUCAUGACUGCCAUCAAGGAGACGAUCCGGAAAGCCAACGGAGUGCGUGUGCGUGCUGCUGGGAAGUGGAUGACCACCUUCCUGCAGAUGCACGGGAAGGACAUCAGUUGGAACGUGCCUCCGAUCCUCUACAUCCUGCGCAGCAUCACAUCGUUUGCGCAGCAGAGCACGUUCCUGCCCUUCCUGUGCCAGGCGGUGGUCAUCCUCACCCGCUGUCACACUGAGGCCGUGAUGAGCAACUUCUCCCGGCCGCUUGGGCCAACGGACAGUGGCUGCGUCAUCCACCCUUGUGGAGCGGUGGGAGCGGUGGCUCAGUCCGCUUGUGGGACCCGCAGGAAGUGGAACCAGAGAGAGCUUUGUGUCUAUCUGGAGGCAUCCUGCUAUCAUGGAGAGGCUGAGAGCCCUUCGAGGUCUCUUUGCUUGUGUGGGCUGCGUGCCCAGGCGUACGCGUCGCAGGGAGAGAAGCAGGGUGUCAAGCCCUGUCCCUACCUGCGCCGCGACCUUACUGCUUCAGCGCCUGGUGACCGAGCGCAGGCGUACUGUGAGCUGGAGAGCGCCCUGUGCCAAGACAGCAGCCGCCCGCCGUGCGGAGUGGUGAACCGGCUGCUGGCAGAGGUGUCCCGGGACCUGACGGCAGCCCAGGGCGUGACCAGCAAUGUCAAGACAGCUGCCAGCAAUGUCCUGGUGGCUCUGGCUCGGACGCACUUCACCUUGGUGAUGGCUGAGCUCCAGAGCCACCUGAAGGCCGCGGGGGACAUGUCCAAGGAGUUUGUGCUCAACACCCUGAGCAAACUCUUCAGCACCUAUGCUCCACAGUGCAUCCCCUUUGUGUGGCUGAUGCUGGCAGGCCUGCGCAGUGUGGUGGGCCAGGUGAAGAGUGGCCAGAUCCUGCGCAUCGCUUGUGCUGUUUUGAAACAGUGGCUGGAUGGAGUCAAGACUUACUUGUCCUCAGGAAUGCAAUGCCCCUGGCCUGCCAUGGAGAAAGAGCAGAUCUGUGAAAACCUUCACGAGCUGCUCUUCUCUGUGGUGUGGAACUGGCAAGACUGCCAGGAGGAACAGGACAAACAGGCCGUCCUUGGGGCUGUGGCUGCCAUGUUGGAGGUUCUCCUGCAAGAGGAGCGGCACCAAGAGCAGGUCUGGGAGCAGCUCCUCUGGCUCGUUCACCCGUGUCAGGAGAUCCAAGACAUUUGCAGGGUGGCCAAGAGCCUCACUAUCUUCCUGGAGGCCUUAGGGGGCAUUGAGUCUGUAAUCCCAGGGGACAAGUUUCUGGACGUCACCAGUGCCGUGUUUUACCAGCUCUAUGACGACAGCAAGCAGCACAGCGAGGCUGGUCGUGCACAGCUGACCCACUGCAUCAUGCUGCAGGCCCGGAUCUGCCCAGAGGAAACCAUCCUGUUUCUGCAGUCGCAGCUGGGCGAUGACUGGGAGCCUGGAUGCGUGGCAGCCCUGGGUCUGCUGGGUGCUCUGGCUCGCUCUGAUGAGCCCGUGAUGACGGAGAUGCUGCCCCAGGUCGUCGAGGCUGUGCAGCGUCUGUGCAGCGACCCCAGCAUCCGGGUGAGGACGGCUAUUCUGUAUUUCAUCAAGGAUCUGCUCAGUUCGAACACCCGGAUCUGCUCAGCCUGGGAUGUGGUGGGGCACAUCUUCAGGGAGUUCAGCCGCGCCACAGGAAGAAGGACAGCCGGAGACCUUUCUGCCCGGGAAGCCCAGGAAGAAGGAGCUCUCCAGGAGCUGUGCAUGGACAUCCUGGGAUCACUGGACGUCUCUGUGAGAGGGAUGUCCAAACUCCUGUGGCCGCGGCUGCUGUUGUUUGUGGUGCCAGCGCAGUACACAGGCAUGCUGAUCCCAGUCUCCCGCUGUGUCUGUGCCCUGGCUGAGAGAGAGGAGCUGACAGGACGGCCGAUAGAACAUCUGGAUCCCCAUUUUGUCAGCUCCAUGUUUCAAGGCCCACUGCUGACGCCCCAGACACUGCUGGCACGACUGCUGUGUCUUGAAGGGAAAGAUGAGAGCUUCCCGGACACUGCCGAGUUUGAGCGCCGUCUGCUAAAGUCAUUCCUGUACAAGGCUCUGGGCACGGUGCUGGGAUCCUGUCAGGGAGUCCUCCACGUGCAGGAGAAGCUGCUACAGCACCUGGAGGAGGCAAAUGCAGAGGAGCCACGUGAGGCCCAGGGAAUCAUCUCUCUUCUCAGCCAUGCUGCUGAGAACAACUUCCACACAGUCCUGGCCACGCUCACCAUGUUUGCGUCCAGGCUGUGCAAAGGCCGCAAUGCCAGGAUUUCCAGGCGCAAGAAGAUGGAGCUGGACAGCACGAGAGCUCAUGCCACACGCAGCGCUCUCAUGCUCGCCCACGGCAGCGUGGCACUGCGUGCCUCCAAGGAACAGCUGCUCGCCCACCUGGAGGGAGACAUUGUGGGCAACGUCCUGAUGCUCUACAGCUGCAGCUGCCGGGACUUGCAGAACAACCUCGCGCUGGUGCAGAGCAUCACCGACUGCAGCUCUGCCUACCAAGCUGUGGGUGAUUCUGCAAGCUUUAACCCCUCCUUGAAGAGCAAGCUGCUGGAGAUCCUGAUGGACCUGAUGAAGAAGUAUUACUCGGGCAUGCCUGUCUCCCCAGUGCCUCUCAAGCUUCAGCAAACAUCACUGAGAGCUCUGGGCCGGCUCAUGGUGGUCCUGCUGGAGACAGAGCCCAGCGGUGGCUUCUUCCAGAACAUAGUCCAUGUCCUGCAGAAAUCCAUGGUAUCGAGCAACGUGUGGGAGCGCAAGAGGGCCCUGCAGACCUGCUCCCAGCUGCUGGCUGUUUGUGAAGAGCUUCAAAGAAGAGAUGCCUGUGAGCACUUUGGCUCCUUGGUGGGAUUGCUGGCGCCUCUGACUUGUGACCCCAUGCCCGCAUCCCGCCAGCUGGCUGUCACCUGUCUGAGCUCCCUUCUGCGAAUCCAAGCCAAAGCGACCAACACAGACAUCGAGACGGGUGACAUCGGGGGCCUGUGCGAGGGGCUGCAUGCCUGCAGCAUCGCCUCUCAGCUUCAGACCACAUCCAAAAUGGCCAUGAUCGUGUGCAGGAACUUCCCCUUAGAACGCACCGUUGACUUCAUGACUGCCAUCAAGGAGACGAUCCGGAAAGCCAACGGAGUGCGUGUGCGUGCUGCUGGGAAGUGGAUGACCACCUUCCUGCAGAUGCACGGGAAGGACAUCAGUUGGAACGUGCCUCCGAUCCUCUACAUCCUGCGCAGCAUCACAUCGUUUGCGCAGCAGAGCACGUUCCUGCCCUUCCUGUGCCAGGCGGUGGUCAUCCUCACCCGCUGUCACACUGAGGCCGUGAUGAGCAACUUCUCCCGGCCGCUUGGGCCAACGGACAGGUGUCGCUGGGUGGCAGCACAGCCUUCAGGCAUGUCAGCCACUCCUCCCAGUUCUGUGGCAUCAGCAAGCCUGCUCACAACAAUGGAAGAGGAAAAUGAAGCAAUUGGCAGCAGCCAGCCAAAUGGCUCCCUCCAGAAGUUGUCUGAAGCAGAGGAAGGGGGCCCACGGAGAGACCUGGGGAGUCCUGUCCCCAUCCAGAUCAAGGGGCCUGGCAAGAAGGCAGUUUCAUCCCCUGACUGA